AUGGGAUACUAUCAUUGGUAAAAUUGAUGAUUUAUGAAAUGAUUAUUUUGUCCUUUGAUAAGAUUAAUAAUUCUACGGUGUCAUUUAUGAAAUAAGAGGAGAGAACAACUCGAUGGGUAUAAAGUAAGUAAAAGAACCUACAGAAAUCGAGGCGUCGUGCGGCGCGCAGUAGGCGACGCGAUCCCUUCAGGUACCGCUGCCGACGACAUCGUUGGCCGACCACUCUCUACUGCUGCUGCAGGCCGCCACCUCGCCGCUCCCGUAGCAACAGCUUUCGGAACCACCAAAAUCCCUCUGGUCGCCGGCCCAGUCGACCAACCUACGUCGAGAUCACGCCGCCUCGGGUGAAACAAAGUUGAGAAGUAAUAGGCUGCAGGAACAUCUCCAAGAUGAGGUGAGGAUAUUAACUAGGAAGAUGACAUGGCUUCUCGGACAAAGCUCUCUGGCUUGCAAAGGCAGGUGUUAGGGCUAUACAGGGAGUUUCUUCGGGCAGCUCGUCUGAAGGAACCAGAAGAGCGUUUAAGGAUUGAAUCUAUUGUCUCAGCUGAGUUUCGCCAGAAUGCGAUGAAUGUCGACCGCAAGAAUUUCCUAUACAUCGAGUAUUUACUCCGUCGAGGCAAGAAGCAGCUUGAGCAACUGAAGAGCCCUGAUACUAUGAGAUUAUCUACUUUGGAAGUAGGGAAAACACCUCAGUUACUGUUUUGAUGAUACGAGGCAACAUGUCAACAUGCUUGAACUUCAUCGAUCAAGUCGUGUUAGAAGGCUCGACCCGCAUUAAGUUAGGUAUCAGAAUGCCCAACCCCUUCUAAUUAUGUGUUGGGAUGCCUGACCGACAUCAAGCUGUGUUAGGAGCCAAUUGGCCAUCGAUGAGGCCAAGUGUGGCUGUGUACGCUAGUAGUGGCUACAACACAUCAGGCUUCCACGAGGUAGAGCAGUAGCUUGGCAUGUCGGAGCAACAAAACAGUGAGCUACAAUAGUUGGCCGUGCUUGAACAAGGCGAAGAGAUAGGUUAGCAUACCCAAACCUUAUCAGCAACUAUUAUCAUGCUUUCGCGAGGUGACUUGCGACAACAAUGGUAAUGCUUCAGUAAGGAGAGGCAACAGCAACUCAGUGUGGCUCAACUUGCAAUUGCGGCGUACCAUACAUACUUUGGCAAGGCUACAGCAUACCUUGGCAGGACAUGUUGAUAACUCGUCAUCGGUGAGCAGCAAAAAGUGAGGUUGCAGUUGUAGCCCGUGCCUCGGCAACAUGGCCGAGCAACAAUAUCAAAGAAGCUUUGGCAAGAGAAGGGGCAGCUCAUACGAGCUCCACAUCGGACCAUCCUUCUAUAUCAGUAUAUUUAAAAAAUAUAUUAAUAAUAUCAUGUUAGCACGACGUGAUGUUGAUCCGUAUACAAGAAAUAGUCCGAAACAAAGUAUAGUUUCUCCAACUUGUUGAUUACACAAAGAUUGAGGUCAAGAUGUCUUUUAAGUUAAUCC